ACUUCAAUAAUUUCAACUACGUCUAUGGGGAAACCAUUGAGAAUCAGAUUCAGCGUUUCUCAAAGAUCAUUACUCAAAUGGAUCUAGAAGAAAUACUUCCUUCAAAGGCUGCUCAGAAUCGACAACUUCUGAAUGCCUUGCCAAAGAGUUGGGAUAAUCACGUUGCUAUGAUCAAGCGGACCAAAGAUCUCGCAAGAUGCACCUUGACUGAAAUGAUUUCACACAUCAAAGCAUGUGAGCUUGAUGACAAACAACGGGAGAAUAAUCACAAGUCCAGUUUGUUAGCCGCAGGCAUUUCUGUUUCUUCCACCAAUCCAAGCAAUGACAACACUGCACUGAUUUCACAGAAUGGAUCGAAAAAGGCUACCUCUGGGUCAACCACUACUGUGCAUUACUCUAGCUCAAGCUCCUCAGCGCCUUCAGCAAAAAUUGCCACACCUUCUUCAGCCAAAUCUGAGCUCAUCGCUUUCUUUUCUCAGCAGUCGAAAGAGAAUCUGGAGGUCGCUGCUUCUGUGAUAAAUUGUUUGAAUGCUUUUGUUGCAGGUAAAAUCCAACCUCCUAGCUGGUCGUUGAAUGAUCUAUAUCAGUAUCUUCCUGAAGAUGUGGAGGAGAUGGACAUCACCUGGCAAAUGGCAAUGGCAGCAUUCAGAGCACAAAGAUUUGCAAAUAAGACUGGCAGAAAUAGAUGGGGCUCUUCUUUCUCAAACUCUGCAAAUGUUCCAAUGAAGUUACGCUGCUACAACUGUCAUGAACAAGGUCAUUUGGCAAGGAACUGCCCUAAGCCCAACAACAACAAAGACUUUACACCUGCGCAUCCUGCUCCUCCAAAUCCUGAAAGGGCUCUUGUGACGACAAACGAUUCAACCGCUGCUGGUGAAGGAACUCAGAGUUCAGCCCUUGUUGUUCAACCAAGUGCAGAUUUCAAUUGGGAUGAUGAAAUUCAACGUCUGAACAUCUCACAACCAGAAAUCCAGAGUGCUGCUCAAAACAUAGCGUUCAUGACUUCAGAUGAAAAGGACUCUUCGCCAGAUGCUGAGCCUCAAGCUGAAAAUUUUGCAUUCAUGACCAAAAUCCUGUCAGCUCCUGUUCAUGGACUCACUGCUGAAGAGAAAAAGUUGAUGUGAAAUGUGAAGAGACACUUGGGGGAGAACAAGUUUUAAAUUCUGAUUCACAAAAACCUUGUUUUGAUGAAAAUAAUCCUGAUCUUAUUUUGGGACAAAGUAUUUUUAGUAUGUUUCUUUCUUUAGCUGCUAAUGGGCCUGAUGUUUUGGGCAAGACUGAUGAUGUUUGUGUUGAAACUGUGAACACUAAU